GGUCGCCCUUGUGUCAAGUCGCGCGGAGGAGGGAGUCCUGGCUACACAGGUAUGGCGUUCGAGUUCCCGACAGAAGAGCAGAAAGCGCUUGUGCGCCAGCAGCUGGGGACGAGCGAGGCAGAUAUCCGGCAGGCAGUGGCCGCCAUUCGCAACUGGCUGCAGACACAACCGCACCUGCCCGACGUCAUAGACGAUGAACGGCUGGAACGAUUAUACAUAAGCUGUAAGUGCAGGACGGAGAUGGUCAAACAGAUACUCGAUGCCAGCUACACACUGAAGAAGAGGUUCCCCGAACUACUGAUGAACAGAGAUCCACUAGGGGAAGACAUUAUUACAGCUCUGAAGUGCACGAAAGUGCCUACGAUGCCUCGCCUCACGCCACAGUUUCAUCGAGUUGGAGUCCUCGCCGGUAUCGACCCAGACCCUACUAAUCUAAACCCUGUGCAUGUUGUGAAGGCUAGUCUCAUGAUAAUGAAUUUCGUUCUGUCAUAUGACUACUCCGUUGGAUACAUCUUCCUGAUCGACCUACACAACGUAUCAACUGGACACUUGAGCAAGUUGACGGUUCGCGACCUUCGGGCACUUGAACUGAUUUCCAGGACAGCUUACGCCAAGAGAAUCAGAGCCAUACAUUUUCUAAACGCACCGAAAAUAAUGAACAUGGUGAUGUCCAUAGUGAAACCUGCUCUGCCCGAAAAACUACAGAAGAGGAUAGUGAUCCAUGAACCAGGCUCACAGACGUUGUUCGAGUAUUUACCAAAAAACGUGGUUCCUGACGAAAUGGGUGGCACUGCUGGCCCAGUAUCUCGUAUAAUGCAUGGUAUCUACGACGAGCUGGUUAAGCGAAGAGCGUGGUUUCUGGAAGAGGACAAAUAUGUCGCGGACGAGAGCAAGAGGCCUAAGGACAACGGCUACAGCUACGAUCUGUUCGGUGUGGACGGAUCCUUCAAAAAGCUGCAAGUAGACUGAAAACAAGCAGAGGCAGUAAACGAAAGACAAGUGUCGUGAUCAUAUUGUAUGGUGCAUUCAACCACGGUGUGGCUUCCUGGUGCUCACCAAACAUGUUUGAUCAUUAUGUUAACGUAACUGAAUGCAAAUUCAUCUGUUUGGGAAUUCUUUGGAUCUUUGGGAAUUUAUUGGAAUUUUCUAUAAUGUUCUAGAACUUUCCUAAAACGGAAGUGUAAUAUUGUAAAGUGAUCAAUAAAGUUCGUCUAGAAAGUUCCGAGACGAAAAUGAAGAUAAACAACCACAAGUAAUGUACAACGAAUAUGUCACAAAAAGAGUAACAUCUGAUGUAGGGGAACCAGUUCGAUAGACAUGUUUAAGGCAAAAGCGUUUGUAUGCUUAUGCCGUUCCUGAUUCCUCGUAAGCGUUCUCCUUUAAAAUUCAAGGUUUCAACCAAAUGUUGGAAUAUUCCUCAGUAGCUUUCUGGUGUCGCCAAGUGUCUUGACACAAUCGUAAACUUGUGCCUAGGAUGUUAUCUUGUGCUUUUCCUAAUAAAUAGUGUAACUGGGUAAAAUUCAUGGGGCUAUCCUUGGUAGGCCACCGCCAUUGAUUAGAUACUAAUAACUGACAGUGUGACAGAGGGAGAUUGUCACUGAUAUACUGUAUUACAGUUACUGCAUCGACGAGUUGGCCUUCUGGUAGCUGUUAGUAUUCCUGUCCCAUUGUGGCUGAUUGUUACUUGCUAGAUGGCCGGAAGCCUUCAGCCACCAUUUCUUUGAUUUAGAUGUCAUAUUUAACUUUCUAUCAGCAAUUAUUAUGUACUUUGUUCUUAUAGCUGAAACAUUUUAUCACGGGGCUAAAUGUUUAACUGACUAGGGUAAAUAGAGCCAAACACAUAUUCAGGGGAACCACUGAUUUCUUGGUCAUUAGUCACACACAAUAUAAUUUGGCGUUCCAGUCCCUCGCUAUGCAGAACUAAAGUUAUGCAUUUACAAUAUGAUUAUUGAGGAUUACGGUAGGUAAAAUCCGUUUCUCUCACUUCCUUCUUAUGAACCAUGGAAUAAAACGGUCUGGUAGCGUGAAAUUUAAAAAAAAAACCUGACGUUUUCAGAAAACAAUAUGACUGCCCAAAGAACCUGGUACUUCUAUAUUCUAACAAGAAGGCGAGUAAUCUGUAGCCUUGGUUUACAGUACAGUAAGAUGCUGAAAAACGUAUGUAAUGAAAACAGCUAUAUAUUCCGAUAUUGAUAGCUUAAGAGUAGGGUUUGCAGGGUUCCCUGUGCACACAUGAUAAUGACAGUAUACGGUAUCUGGAGAUACUGCUGAACAGGUAACAGAAUAUUAACAAAAGAGAAAGAUAUUGGAGAGGAAUCCUACGCAGAAACUUGUGCCAGAUGUACAACAUUAUAUAAAGACAAAUAAAAGCAUUCUUAAAAGCCACUA